AUGGUAUUCGUGACAGGUAUCGAAGCGUGUAUGCCGAUUUUACUGCGAGCAGUAUUAUAUUUUAUAUUUUUAUUAUAUUUAUUUCUUGGUAUAGCAAGAAUUGCUGAGGUAUUUGCGUCUUCAAUAGUAACAAUAACAUCUAAAAAGAGAAAAAUUCGGUAUCCCGAUCCAAAUGGUGGAGAAAAUCAAUAUAUAACUAUUCCAGUGUCAGUAUGGAAUCCUACAGUGGCAAAUUUAACAUUAAUGGCGUUAGGAUCAAGUGCACCAGAAAUAUUACUAUCAACAAUUGAAAUUAUUGGAAAUCGCUUUGAAGCUGGAGAAUUGGGACCAGGUACAAUUGUUGGCAGUGCUGCGUAUAACUUACUGAUAAUUUGUGCAUUAUGCAUCGCGGUUAUCAAAUCACCUGAAACAAGACGAAUUGAAUUGUACAACGUUUUUAUAAUAACAUCAUUUUUUGGAUUUUUUGCUUACAUAUGGUUAUUCAUCGUACUGAGUGUUAUUUCAAAAGAUGUUGUCGAUUUAUGGGAAGCUGUUAUUACAUUUCUCAUGUUUCCACUUGUCGUAAUAUUAGCAUUUCUGGCUGACAAAAAAUUUUUUGCAUCAAAAACACCGGAUAUGGAAGAACAAGAAAAAAAUUUGAUAUUCAAUACUCUUAUUUUAUCUUAUUGUGUUUUGAAAGGUCCACCGGAAAAAGAUGCAACUGGAGUUGAAAGAAGUUUUAAAAAAGAAGAACUAUUACAAUUUUUAAGAGAUUUACACCCAAUACCAGGUCUAACAACAGAAGAAAAAGCUCAGUUAUUUGCAGCAAAAUUUUCGGACAGUACGCCUCGUAAUAGAAUGCAGUUUCGUAUAGAAGGCGCAAGAAUGUUAACAGGCGGAAAAUCCUUAUGGGUAACUCUUCCAGAAAAAUUACAAGAGAUAUAUGAAAACUCAAUCAAACCACAACAUGAUGGUUUUAAUCAUGAGCCGAAUAUAGAACGAAAAGCUACAUUAAGUAGAAUUGAUACGGAUGACGAUCCGAAUAUUGCUAUCCUCGAAUUUGCUGCAUCGUCGUAUGCUGUACUUGAAAGAGAACAACGUGUGACGGUCGAUGUAGUCAGAUAUGGAAAUGUCUCUUCUGUGCUUCGUUUUAGGCUCGAUACAAUAGACGGAACAGCAACAGCAGGUGAAGACUAUGUCAAAUUAUCAGAAGAAUUUAAAAUGGAGCGUAAUCAACAAGAAAAGAAAAUAACAAUUCAUGUAAUAGAUGACAAUCAAUGGGAACCAGACGAAACAUUUUUUGUUAAGCUUUCGUUGGUCGAAGGUGACGAAGUGAAAGCUAAACUUGGAUCAAAAACUAUUGCACUUGUCACUAUUAUUAAUGAUGAUGAACCGGGUAUUAUUAGCUUUGAAGCAGAGGCAAAACUUGUAAAAGAAUCAGUUGGUAAUGCUAAAAUUAAAAUCGAAAGAAAGGAUGGUGCCGACGGUAGAGUAUCAGUUCGAUAUCGUACAAAAGAUAUUAAUGCAGUGGCAGAAAAAGAUUAUAUAGGAGGAGAAAGUGAAGUUGUGUUUGAGCACGGUGAAUUAUCGAAAACAAUUGAAAUACCAAUUAUCAACGAUUUAGAAGCCGAAAAAAACGAGAGUUUUUCUGUUGAACUAUUUGAUCCAAAAGGUGGUGCACAGUUGGGCAACCACGUUAAAAUCGUUGUGACAAUUAUCGAUGACGAUGAUUAUAAAACCGUAACAAACAAAAUAGCCACGUUAGCUCAAGGUGAUCUUGAUAAAUUGAGUGUAACAACAGUAAGUUGGCCACAACAAUUCCGUGAAGCAAUGAGCGUUACCGGAGGUGAUGAUGAUAAGCCUGCAAAAGUUGGUGAUUACAUACAACACACCGUGUCGUUCUUCUGGAAGGUGUUAUUUGCCUUCGUUCCUCCACCCCAUUAUGCUGGUGGUUGGUUGAGUUUUUUUAUCUCGUUAGUAUUUAUUGCCGUGUUAACAGCUGUUGUUGGUGAUGUUGCAGCCAUAUUUGGUUGUCUAGUAGGAUUAAAAGAUAGUAUCACAGCCAUAUCAUUUGUAGCACUAGGCACAUCAUUACCAGACACCUUUGCAAGUAUGUAUGCUGCAAAAAAAUUAGACACAGCUGAUGAUGCCAUUGGUAAUGUGACUGGUUCAAAUUCUGUUAACGUCUUUCUUGGUCUUGGACUGCCAUGGUUAGUAGCAGCCAUUUAUUGGGAAUCUAAAAAUUUACCCUUCACUGUUAAAGCUGGUGAUUUAUCAUUUUCCGUCCUGAUAUUUUCUAUAUGUUGUAUUAUUUGUAUGGUCGUCUUAACUUUAAGAAGAUUUAUUGGCUUUUUUGGCAAAGCCGAGUUAGGAGGACCCACAAUAUCAAAAUAUGCGUGUUCACUAUUUUUUGUUGUAUUAUGGAUUGCCUAUUUGACAUUAUCCGGUUUACAAGCAUACGGUCAUAUUAAAUGGUCAGCGUAA